GAUAUAGUGGCUCACAAGAGAAGAUUGAAUGAAUUUGAGACAGUGGCAAUUACUGAGGAGUGCACCUCAAGGGUCCAGAACAAGCUUCCUCAAAGGCUUAAGGAUCCUGGCAGUUUCACCAUUCCGGUGCGCAUUGAAUUGGGCCUGGGAGCUCCAAGGCCAACUACUGUGAUGUUGCAGCUGGCUGAUAGAUCAAUAGCACACCCCGAGGGUGUGAUUGAAGAUGUGUUGCUGCAAAUUGGAAAAUUUAUCUUCCCAGCUGACUUCAUUAUCCUGGAUUAUGAGGCUGACGAACUGGCCCAAUCAUAUUGGGGCGACCUCUCUUGGCUACUGGCGAUGCAAUCAUUAAAGUGA